AACGACCCAACAGGCAGGCUCUCCUGUUCGGUUCGGUCUUUCAGCCUUGUUGCCUAGUGUGAAGCUAGUAGUGGCAGAGGAAAGGCCCUGAAAUUUGCCACCCCCUCCUGUGGAAUCUGAGGUUUGUGAGUUAGUGGCUGCGGCGGGUUGACGGUCCGGUCAAGCUAAUAAAUCUUCGGGGUCUGGACGGACGGAUUUAGAGGAGGUUUUUUAAACAUGGAUGUCGUGGAAAGAGCCGUUUUUGAACGAUUUUGACGAAAGUGCAAGGACGACGUGCGAAGUGCGCCAUUGUAACGCAGCUUCCCCAGUGUGUGAGGGGAGUUCAUCUCGAUGAGAAAGAGAGUUCCAGAGGAAAAAUGUAUCGCAAUUAGAAGCACAACAUGGUGUCAUUAGUUUGGAAGCUUAAUCCUACACCGUUUGAAGGGGAGCGUUUUACGUACAAAAACUAAAAUGGUGAUUUUCUGUAGUGAACAGAACCAACAAAUAUUGCACAAAUAGCCCUAAAUCAGCGCGUUAGUAUGCAAAUCAGUGUUUAUAGUGUGUGGGCGCCGAAGAAAAAUCAACAAUCAUUUUGUGAACUAGAGCUGUCUUUUUGGAAAAGUGUAUUGUGAACCCAUCUCUAGGAAAUUGAUGUGCCUUUGGAUCUUUUAAAGUGGUCCCUGCUAUUCACCCCCCGGAGACAAAAAGCAUAAAGCAACACUCAAAUCGUCCCCUCUACUCUACGUAAAUAUUGCCCCGAUCCUGGUAGAAUCAACAUAAGAUAACACACAACAAUCCAAAUCCGUACCGAAAAGGAACAGCUUCUUUGCAAAAACAAAAAACAAAUGUGUAGCACUGUUUUAGAGGAUAAAAGCAGCAAAAAUAUUUAUCACUUUGUGACAUUCAGCUUCGUAGCGUGACUAUUGUACAUCUUUUAAAAGUAAUCAUCAUAUCAAAAUCGAUAUCUCUGCUUCAAACAAAAUAUUAUACACUAAUAAUCAUAUCGACAAUUUAUAUAUACACAAACACAAAUUUUAUCCCACUCAACUGGUAGCAAAGAAUAUACUUCUAUAUACAUAAAUAUUUUAACAAGCGUAGUGAAAUACUAGUGACUAAACUAGAGAAAAAAAGGAAGAAGAGCAACACAGACAACCAUCAACAAGUGGGCCAAAAACAAAGUUUUCUAACCAACCAACAACCAAACAAAAAAAAAAAAGAAACAAAAAACCGUAAUCAAAGCAGGCAAGGACGCAAAAGCCAUGAAACGCCGCAACGACUACAAGGUGGCCAUGGCCGAAAGCAUGGAGCUGGAACCGCUCGGCGGCAUGGACAGCAGCAAACCGUCCGAGAGCAAACGCAACGGGAUUAACAAGUAUGGUGGUGACAGUACAAGUGGCCGACCAGGCCGGGAAGGCGUUGCCGUUUGUUCACAAAAGCGCGCACUAUGCGUGACGGCGAUCGUGCUGGGAACACUGCUAGCCACCGCUCUGGUGAUAGCGUACGCCGGUCCCCAGACGGUAUGUCCGUGCGCGGGAAAGAUCCCCCCGGGGUACAUCCAGGAGGGCUACAACGAUACGGAACCCUUUCAGCCGAUCGCUAGCAAUGGACAACCAUUCCCGUGGCUGCUACCAACGCUCCCAAACAAUGUGCGACCCUACCGGUACUCGUUGACGAUCCAUCCCAAUCUGACCACGCUGGAUGUGAAAGGACAAGUCACGGUCGAAUUCCACGUAGAAAAGGAGACUAACUUUAUCGUGCUACACGCACAGGAUCUCAACAUCACGGAAAAGGCACUGGUCGGACCCAAAGGCUAUGCGCUGAAGAUCCUCCGGAUACUGGAGUACACGCCCCGGCAGCAGCUGUACAUCGAGCUGCGGGACAAGCUGCGCAAGAAGGCGAACUACACGCUCAGUAUUCGGUGGUACUCGAAGAUGAUCACCGAUCCGGACGGCUUCUUCGUGGACCAGUUCGAAACGGAGCAUGACGUUAAGAAAAUCCUAGCCGCUACGAUCCUGCGACCGGGCAGUGCCCGCAAGGCGUUCCCGUGCUUCGACGAGCCACACCUGCGGGCGUCAUUCCGGAUAUCGCUGUUCCGCGAUCGCUUCCACAUCGGGCUGUCCAACUCGAUCGUUCAGGACACUGACGACGUCGGGUUCUACAUGGGAACGGGACUGCUGCGGGACGACUUUGCUGAAACACCGCCACUGCCGCCGGAUUCGAUCUCGUGGGUGAUCAGCGACUUCAAGCGCCAGCUUCUCGACCCGUCGCCGAUCUACCAAACCGUGAACGUGUCCAAGGACGCCCGCAAGCCACUGCUGGAGCCGACGAAGCAGCCAGCCAAACUGACCAAGGCGGAGAAGAAGCCGUUCCGCAACCUUACUGCCGUUCUACUGUCGAAGAAUCUCUUCAAACUGACAAACAAUCAACCACCUAGCAAGCCAUCCGCCAACGAGUCCAGUACGGUCGUGCCCAUGGCCGAGAACAUCAUUCAGGGAAAUCACACCAAUCAAGGCGCGGGAAGCGAUAGCAAUCAUACGAGUGCGGCCGACGCCUUGGAAAUCAAGACCGCUCCGGCGUAUUCGUUCUACGCACCCAAGUCGUACGUAGACAAGGGUAGCUUCGUCCUGCACACAUCACGAGACAUCCUGGAGUACCUGCAACAGUGGCUGGGAGUUGCUUAUCCCCUCUCCAAGCUAGACUUUAUCGCGCUACCAACACUAGACGAAGAUCUGACGAGUUCGCUGGGACUGAUCGUGUGCCGAACGUCCUUCCUCAGCUCUCCGGAGAAUGUCUCCACCAAGGAGUACCACAUGUCCGUGGUGAAGAUUUCCGAGGGCAUCGUCAAGCAGUACUUUGGCGGAUUGAUCUCGCCAAAAGCGUGGAAACACUCCUGGCUUUGGGAAGGUAUCAUCCAAUAUCUAAGUCGGUUCAUCCUAACCCCAAUUCGACCUCUCUGGCCAAUGAACGAACUCUUCCUGAUCGAAACGACCACCCGAGCGUUGGAUAUGGACGCCCUGCAAGGUUGGGAGAGCAUCUACACCGGAACGACCGACACCGGAGACAACGAUCCGUUCUACAUCGACAAAUCGGCGUCGAUGCUGGCCAUGCUGCAGUCGGCCGUCGGAGAGUCCAACUUCCGCCAGUGCUUAGGUAAAUUCCUGAAGACGUUCAAGUACCAGACGGCGGAACCAGCCGACCUGUGGAUCCUCUGCUCCAAGCAGGUCAACUACAGUAAAAACGUCAAAGAAAUGAUGAACUUCUGGACGCAUCUGGCGGGCUUCCCACUGGUCAACGUGACCCGCACCGGAGACGAACUCCACAUCAGCCAGGUACCGUUCGCACCCGCUGAGUUCCUCGCGAUCAACGACGAUCCCAGCCUGGACGAAAACGACCCGUUGGCGACGUUUGGGGAUGGUUCUACCACAACCAGUACGACCACGACCAUUGCGCCAACCGUGGCCAGCAAGGACAAGCGACGCAUCCGGUGGGUCUUCCCGAUCAGCUACGUAACCAGCAACAGCGAUCAACUGCCGGACACAAUCUGGAUGAACACCACGGAAACUAAAGUAACGCUCAAUCACUCGCCCAAGUGGAUCAAGCUGAACCACGAGCAAACCGGAUACUUCCGGGUGCUGUACGACGAGGACAACUGGGGCAAGCUGGUCGAGCAGAUGCUGAUCAACCAUCACGUCUUCAGCACGCAGGAUCGCGUCGGUCUCGUGUCGGACAUCUUUACGCUGUGCCACGCGAAUCUGCUGUCCUGCGACUAUGCCAUGGAUUUGAUCGCGUACUUCCCCAAGGAACAGGACUGGGGACCGGUGCUGGUAGGGUUCAAACACCUCGAAAAGUGGCGCAAGAUUCUCAAGUACUCCGAGUGCUACCUGGUACUUGCGGAGUACAUCCGCCAGAACCUCGCCAAGUCUAUCCUGGAGCUGACGUGGAACGAUACCGGCAAGGAGGAGAUCAAACUGCUUCGCCCGACGGUCCUGCUGAACGCGGUCCUCUGGGAGGAACCGGACGCCAUCAAGAACGCCAAGGAGCUGAUGAACGAUCAAGGCAGCAUCCCGCCAAACCUACGCUCGGUGGCCUACAUCGGAUCGGUCCUGUCCGGCGAGAUUCGCUACUGGCAGGACUGCUGGUCGCUGUACACCAAGUUGCGCGCCGAAAAGGACGUCGGUUCGGAGGAACGGAUGGAGCUGCUGCGCGCGCUCGGCGUCACCAAGGACGCCUGGCUGCAGAACCGGCUGCUGUCGCACGUCAUCACACUGCCCGUCACCGAAGUGGUCCAGGUGCUGCAGACGAUCGCCGGAACGCCAACGGGCGGCGCCAUGGCUUGUCGCUUUCUGCAGGCCAAGUGGCUCGACUUCCAGUCCAAGCUGGGCAGAGGAAGCGUCAACUUUGCACGUGUGAUAUCGGCCAUCACGCAGUACGGGUCGACCAAAUUUGACUACGAUGAGCUCAAAUCCCUGGUCGAGCGCUUCGGCGACGGUCCCGGCAUGAAGACGCUCAACAUGACGCUGAGCAUGGUGGCGGCGAACGUCGAGUGGGUCAGCCGGUCGCAGACGUCCAUCUUCAACUGGAUCGAGCAAAAGUACCACUUUUGAUCGGAGGCUGAGGAGCACGACGGCACAAAUCACCGGCGGAAACGGGAGGAUUUUUAAAGACAAAAUGACGACGUAAUAAGGAAACCAAAAAAAAAAAAAAAAAAACACAGCAGCAACAACAAUGAUAUACAUCUAUUUUUUAGUUUUUCUUUUUCGAAAACUUUAGAACCGAUCGACGACGAGCAGACGUUACUUACACACACACACACACGUACACAUUUAAAACAUUCUAGCAAACAAGUGAGCAUAAAUGUGAUUAGGAGUGAGUGCGAAAAUUUUGAGUGGACGCGUGAAAGGGAACUUUAGAUGAAAAAGGUGAAAAUCAGAAUGCAUUUAUUGGUAGUACAAUCUCUGGUAGAUGAAUUUUUAAUCUUAUUAUUAACUGGAACGACUCUUCCAACUGACAGAAAAAAAAAGAUCAGAAUACUGCGUGUAAACUGCUGUAAAUGUUUCACUGUAUAAUUUAGUGUAUAGAGAGAAAGUAUAACGCGCCGGACAAAACAAAAUCGCUGUUCAUUAUUCCAUCAACACCUAGUUCCGUUGUGUAUUCAAUCGACGAAAGCUUCUGACUUAAAGCAAGAAAGGACUGAUUUGUAUCAUAUAGGAGAGCAAACAAAAAAAAGUGUACUAUCAAUACUGAGUAGGUGUGUCGAAAGCCAUAUUCUUCGAGUAAAGAGCAAACAAACAAAAAAGUCCAACCUAAAUUAAUGGCAGUCGUUAGAUUAAUUACGGUGUGUUAUAUAGUUUAUUUCGCGCAAAGCGAGUCACAGACAAGUGGACGGGAUAGUUCUGCGCACCUUCCCCCGUCAGUUAACAUCCCUCCUCUAUCGAAAAGUGCGCGACGACGUCGCCGUCCACUUGUCUGUGGCACGCAACCAAAAAUAAAAUGGAUUUGACACGAAUACAAAAAAAAAACUCAUUUUCUUCUCUCGCGUCCCUUCGUUCCGAACGGGCUGAUAGAUUUGACAAGCUGUGGAUACUCCGUAAAUGGCGGCAGAAUAGCAUUAAAUAAGUAAAUUUGUUUGGUUAAUGAUCGCGCCGAUGUGUACAUAUAGAAGAGUAUAUAAAAGCAAGGAUAAGAAGUAAGACAAAAAAUCGCUCGCCAUCCCCCACUUAAAUAAUGAUUUCCUACUUAUUAAAAUAAAACAAAAGAAGAGAACCUUUAAAUCAAGACACGUGAGAUGGACAACCUUAGGAAAAAUAUAAAAAAAAACUCGAUGGAUGUGUGAUACAAUUUGCGGCUACUCGCCAAAAAACGAGUUAGUCAACUUUAAUCAGUAUUAAAACAAAAAAAAAGAACAACAAGCUAAUAAAUAAAGAUUGUCUGCCCUCCGUCCAAGGAGGCGCAGAGAUGAAAGAAAAAAAAACGCGUUUCUUGAAAUAUAUUUACGUUACAGAAAUUUAAAGUUACCAAGAGGAGAUUAACUUUACGUGACAAAGCCAUGCUUAGAGAGAAUCCCUGCAACAACAAAAAAAUAAUAAGGUGGCGCAUCAUUAAACUUUGUUGUUUCUCACUCUUUUCCUCUCUGCCCUCUAAACGCUCUAGAACUCUAGAAAUGGAAUCGUUCUCCAGACAGUGCAACAAAAACAAAACAAAAAAAAUGGAAUCAUUCUCGCAAUAUCUGUAAUAGACUUUUUACAAACUCUUAAAUGCUCAUUAAAUCCUGUGUAGCAAUAUCUAUACAUACUACGUUUCAAAGUAAAACAAGGAAAUACACAAACACAUAUUAAAGCAAAACACUUAGUUCUAAUGAAUACGCUUAUUAAACAUUUAACACAAACUCACACCCAGCAUACUCUCAACAACCAAAAGAGGAAGACGGUAUUUUCAAAUGUUCGGUUCGCCCUCCCCAAGAAUAAAUUCCGCAAAUCAUUGUAUUCCAGCGAAAUAUUUAACCACCAACAACAACAACAACCACAGUGUGUGUGAUGGACGGAUGAAGCUAUUACCAGCAUAGAAGAGCAGACAAACAAACAAACCAGUAACGAUUUCGUGUGCUAAGUUUUGUGUCAUAUUAUUACUUAUAGAUGAUUCUGUAUUAUGCAGCCAUCGCGUGAAAAUCGCAAGCAACAACAAGCCACAGUGGGUCCGUACUUGAGAGUAAAUCAGUAAAACAAGAAAAAAAAAUAAAUAAGGAAGCGAAAUCGAGUAAGAACCAGCAGCAGAAGCGUGUCGUAAACAAAAAAAACAUAGUGUGUCAAAAGAAAGUUAAUAAAACACUUCAAUCUGUAA